AUGGCUGCGAUGGUAGUUUUGUUCGUUGGCUGGCUGCCGCUCGUUGGAUGCCUGGGCGGUCUCUCCCCUCAUCCUAGAAGCUUCCACGACAUUGUUACGGACCUCACUAGCACUGACGGCUGGGACAACCUUGGGAUUGCGGUUUUGGUUGGUCAGAUCAGCAACGUAUAUGCUUUGACGUCUUUCGAUGCCGCCGCACACAUGGCAGAAGAGGUAACAAACGCCGGCCGGGCUGUUCCGUUGGCCAUCGUCUGGAGUUAUGUCGGUAAUGCCACUGUAGCGUUCGUGGUAAUCGCCCUCACCAUGUGGAGCAUCCCUGAUAUUGGCGCGGCCGUGGACAACCCAACGGGUUUUGCGUUCAUCUUUCCACUAAUGGAGGCUGGGAAGAGAUGGGCGCAGGCGAUCGUUGCCGUCAUUACGCUCAUUGCCUUCGCUGGAUGCACAGGCUGUAACGCAGCAGCUUCCCGCGAAAUGGCUGCUUUCGCACGUGAUGGUGGUCUGCCGGGUUCCAAGUGGCUUGCAAGGGUCACAAAGCCAACCCAUCCUCCUCGCAACUCCGUCUACGUCACCAGCUUCGUCACUGUUGCACUGGUCUGCAUCAACUUCGGCUCCACCGUUGCCUUCAACGUUAUAAUUUCAGGCCAGCUCAUCGCUCUCAACGCUUCGUACGCCCUGACCCACGGAUGCGCGCUCUGGGCACGAGCAACUGGCCAAUACCGCCGGGACAUUGCGCGAUGGAACAUGGGCCCGAUGGGCGCCUUUGUGAACAUCGUUGCCUUCUUCUAUGAUCUCUUGCUGAUCAUCUUCCUCGCACUCCCGUCUGCGCCAGAAGUCACUCCUAAGACCAUGAAUUGGGGCCCCGUGAUCUUCCUUGGUAGUACUGUUCUUGCACUAUUAUUUUACGCUGUCCUUGGUCGACACCAGUUCAAGGAUCCCGGAAAGGAAGUUAUUAGUUAG